GAUAGAAUGAAAAAUGCAUUAAUCGAUGGGCCGAAAGGCACUACUAUUCAAUUUUCUCGUUCAAAGGAUGAAAAUGACGUUUAUGUCAAUUAUGGUGCGCAGGAAAUGCCGGACAGGAAACGUCGCAACUUAACCGAAAUCGAUAAAAAACCAAUCAUCUUAUGUGAAAUUGAUAAAAAACCAAUAAUUUUACAUGAAAUUGAUAAUCAGGUGAAUCAGAUCUCAAGUCAAAAAGAAACUUCGCAAGUAACAUUGAACCAAAAGGCCUGCCAAGUUUCAGAAAAAAAUUCGCAAGUAACAUUGAACCAAAAGGCUUGCCAAGUUUCGGACGAAUUAUUAAUUGUUUCUAAAUAUUGUUUUUAUGAAAACAGGUAA